AUGGUUUCCGUCUGCGACCCAGCAGCCAUCCAGACGGUUUUCAACAUGAGGGCCGGAUUCAACAAGAGCAAAAUGUAUCGUGCGUUCAGACCCUGGACUCCUAACGGCCUGCUCCUUUCAGUCUUCACCGCGGACAACGACUCUGCCAACAGAAAUAUGAAACAACACAUUGCACUUUACUUCUCUCUAUCAUACACUGUCUCAUCUUUUGAGCAAAGAAUCGACAAUGCAAUUCUUAUGUUCUUGGACCAAUUCGAUCGUCAGUUCGUAACUACCGGAUCGAGCUGCGACCUGACAAGAUGGUUCAAGUUCUUCUCUUACGAUGCAAUGGGUCUCAUGACGUUCUCCAGACCUUAUGGAUAUAUUGAGAAGGGGGGUGAUUCAACUGCUAUUAUUGAUGACGUUAAGAACUCUAUGCUUACCAUCGGACCUAUGACACAGAUGCCAUGGUUAGACUGGCUGCUGCAUAAGAAUUGGGUGACUAAUCUUGUCAAGCCCGAACCAGUUUCUUACCUGUUGAAGUUCGUCCUCGAACGCAUUUCAGAACGUCAAAAUGUUUUCGAAAAGUCCUCCAGGACAACAACCACAGGCCCUGACACUGAUAGUGAUUUCUUGGACUAUUUCCUACAAGCCCAGGAGAAAAAGUCAAACGAGGUCCCGCCUCAAUUUCUGUCGACUUGGACGUUGGCUAAUAUUCUAGGGGGGUCUGAUUCAACGGCUUCUAUGCUUCGUUCGGUGGUUUGUUAUCUGGUCGAACACCCCAAGGCACUUGAACGAGUACGUGACGAACUACGUGCGACACAAGAAACCACUGGACUUACCUUCCCUAUCCCUAAAUGGAGUGAACUCCAGAAUUUUCCGUUCCUUGAUGUUUGCAUCACCGAGUCACUCAGGCUUGAUCCUCCUUUCGCUACAGCGUUGGAGCGAAUAGUACCUGCAGGCGGAAUAACAGUUUGUGGCCAAUUCCUCCCGGAGGGCACAAUAGUUGGCAUGAAUCCUUAUACCACUAAUCGGUAUCCGCCAGCUUGGGGCGAAGAUUCAGCAGAGUGGCGCCCCGAGCGUUGGCUAGAAGGUGAUUCGACACAGCUCAGAAAACUAGAGGCCAAUCUGUUGAGUUUCGGGGCUGGGACACGAACUUGUCUGGGGCAGAAUGUUGCCAUGUUCGAGAUUAAGAAGCUUGUUGUAUCUCUCUUUAUGAAUUACGAUUCCUAG